GGAGGGCGCCUGAGCCCAGCCACUGCGGCGGGGACACUCUGCCGGGUCUCCGCUUCGGUUUGCCGUACAGACAGCGGUCGUGGGGCGGAUUGAAGCGGUGCAGGGCAGGCAGGAAGAGCUGCUGGCUAACAGGGCACAAACUGCUGGAGGCUUCUCCAUCUGCUCAUUAAAUUAACUGUAAUCUCAUAAAGCGGCUCGGACGGACAGGAGCCGAGCGUGAGCGGCCGAGGAGAGGAGCAGCAGCUGGGAUGAAGGCGGCCCUUCCUCCGCGGUCUGUCAGGUUUAUUUUUAGCCGACAGAUGAGAGGUGACAGCGGCUCUCCGGUCUGUUUAUCUCCCUCUCGGCCCUUUGUAAAGCCUCUUCCCGCAGCUCUCCGCCUCCACCGCUGCCUCUCGGUGUCCUUAAAGGCAAAGUGGGCGAGCCGGUCUACUCUCCCGGCCACAGCGGCUCUCAGACGACGUCACCCGUCGCCCUGCCGCCACUCCGCAACAACAACCACAACUCGCUGACGGGAGGCUCUAAAGCCGCCAUGUCGGACGCCGUCCAGCUGUCAUCUCAGUCGCAGGUCCACGUCCCCCAGGAGAACACCAACAAGCGUCCGGUCCUGACCUCCCAGCCCAACGGCCUGGCUCCCAUCAGCUCCACCCGGCCGGGCCUCCCGCUGCCCGACCGCCAGACCUCGGCGUCCGAUCCGGCCCAUCAUUGCCGCCAGGGCAGCGCCGCCUCCAACAAGUCGACGGACGGCAAGCCAAAGCCCAACCCGCUGUCCCCGGAGCAGGCCAUGAAGCAGUUCAUGUCCAAGAUGUCCUCCUUUGAACACCAUGAGGUGUUCAGCUACCCCGAAGUGUAUUUCACUGGUCCCAGUGCGAAGAAGAGGUCGGGGGUUAUGGGCGGAGCUAACAACGGUGGCUACGACGACGAUCAGGGCUCCUACAUCCACGUCCCGCAUGACCACAUCUCCUACCGCUACGAAGUCCUGAAGGUCAUCGGCAAAGGCAGCUUUGGUCAGGUGGUUAAAGCCUUCGAUCACAAGUCUCAGACUCACGUCGCUCUGAAGAUGGUUCGCAACGAGAAGCGCUUCCACCGGCAGGCGGCCGAGGAGAUCCGGAUCCUGGAGCACCUGAGGAAGCAGGACAAGGACUCAAGCAUGAACGUCAUCCACAUGCUGGAGAACUUCACCUUCAGGAACCACAUCUGCAUGACCUUCGAGCUGCUUAGCAUGAACCUGUACGAGCUCAUCAAGAAGAACAAGUUCCAGGGCUUCAGCCUCCCGCUGGUCAGGAAGUUCGCCCACUCCAUCCUGCAGUGUCUGGACUCGCUGCACAAGAACCGCAUCAUCCACUGCGACCUCAAGCCCGAGAACAUCCUGCUGAAGCAGCAGGGACGCAGCGGCAUCAAGGUCAUAGACUUUGGUUCCAGCUGCUACGAACAUCAGAGAGUUUACACCUACAUCCAGUCCAGGUUCUACCGAGCACCAGAAGUUAUUCUGGGCUCCAGGUAUGGGAUGCCCAUUGACAUGUGGUCUCUGGGCUGCAUCCUGGCCGAGCUGCUGACCGGCUAUCCGCUGUUGCCGGGUGAAGAUGAAGCCGACCAACUGGCCUGCAUCAUCGAGCUGCUGGGGAUGCCCAGUCAGAAGCUCCUGGAUGCCUCCAAGCGAGCCAAGAACUUUGUGUCAUCCAAAGGCUACCCGCGGUACUGCACCGUGACCACGCUACCCGACGGCAGCACGGUGCUGAACGGCGGGCGUUCGCGGCGGGGGAAGGUGCGAGGCCCGCCGGGCAGCAAAGACUGGAGCACGGCGCUGAAGGGCUGCGACGACCCGCUCUUCCUGGACUUCCUCAAACAGUGUCUGGAGUGGGACCCUGUGCUCCGGAUGACGCCCAGCCAGGCGUUGCGACACCCAUGGCUGAGGAGGCGACUCCCGAAGCCACCGACGGGAACCACAGCGGGAGAAAAGACCUCCUCGUCCAAACGGGGAACCACCACCACCGACGGCGCCUUCACCUCCAUCUCCAAGCUCGCCACCACCUCCUCCACCACCACUUCCUCCUCCUCCAAAACCAGGACUAACUUGGCGGCGAUCACUGACGCCAACGGGAACAUCCAACCGAGGACGGUUCUGCCCAAACUGGUCAGCUGAGAGUGAAUGCACCCCGCUCGCUGUGGUGGGAAAUGAAAGCUGUGCUCCCGAGCAACCGACUGGAACUGAAUUAAACUGGUUGGUCCAGUUUUGAAGAGCGUUUGGUUUUGUUCAGCGUUGUUGGGGUGCGUUCAAGACAAAUUGAAACUUGGCGUUGGGGUGUUAAAAUGUGCAGAGUGGCCAGGCUGGGACGUGAGCUGGGCUGAAGGAAACCUGAUGGAACCGGGGUGCGUUCAGACGCCUCGAAUUCUCAAUCCUGUCCGAAAAAAAGACGGGAGUUGUUUUACAUUUUGAGCGGCAGCCACACGUUUGAAACGACCGUGGAGCCACUCGAGACAAUCAGAACCCAUCACACCACUCUGUAGCUCCAAACUCACAAACACAUCAACAAACAUGGUGCUCAUGGAGGGAACAAGGCUUGUUUAAUGUUUCUAGCACAGAAUCUUUUAGCCGAGUUGAUUACACACCAAAAACAUUUUCCGACUUCAGUCUUACGAGGUUAUAUGUUCCGACACUUGGACGGCCUUACAGAGAACGUUCACGAGGGUUGGUCCAAAAGUUCCGACACUAAAAAAACCAAAUUAAAACUGUACCUGAUUUGAAUUUAUCCGCCUUCCUGUUGAAGUAUUCUCUAGGGCUGGACCCAAAUAUCCCGAAUAUCCGAAUAUUCGUUUGCUACGGUGAUAUCCGGAUACUAAUUUUGGUAUCCGAAUACCCCCCCCACUGGGGCUGGGUUGCUGCCGACUCUGACGUCACGCUUCACUUUGUUGCAUAAAUACAAGACAAGAUGCUGAAGAUCUCUGCUGUUUGGAAUUCUUCAGUUUAACUGAAGACAAAACAAAGGCAAAAUUUGGACCCGGGAGACCAGACGAAUAGAUCUGAAUAUUCGGGCCGUCUCCACCACAAGCGCCCCACCCCCACCCCGUUGGACGUUAUGUUGUCUUUAAUAGGGCCCGAAUAUUCGGAGGUCAGAAACCACUAUUCGGGCCAGCCCUAGUAUUCUCGUCGUGCAGCGAUACUCUGCUCCCAGUGCUCCUGCAGCACCCAUUGGAAGUCCCUGUAUGUAAACAGAUCAAGCACUGUCCGCAGUGGGUGUUGACUUUCCUGAACUGUGUCCCUUUAGCUUGAAGCAAAAGCAGUCUCAGAACUUUUCGAUCAGCCCUUUUACGUAGUUAACUGACAAAAAAAGGUUCAUAUAUCCUUAUAAUGCUAAAGCUGUGCAGCGAUUAGCUUGCUGGUCUUCGUUUCAUGUCCAUAUGAAACAACUAAUUUUGUGUUGCUUCUCAGUUUCGGGGACGUUUGUCGAUAUUCAUGAUAAUCAAAGAUUCGAGACCCCCCGACUGAACCGUCUACCUGUUAGCCGGCUAACUUUCUUAGCCGCCGUUUGUUUUACAGUGUGUAGCUAGCCUGUGUUAUCACGCUAGCAUAGUGCCUGUCAGCUGGCUAAUAGUUAACUGGCACUGGUUAGUUAUUAGACAGCUGUUUGUUUGCGUCUAGCUGUCGUAUUGCUACCUAUUUACCAUUUAACUGGCUAGUAGCUAGCCUAGCACAAUUUUGAAUCAGUCAGCCAGCGACAGCCGGCUCGCUGUUUUAGCCUUUUUUUGGCAGUCUGGUGGCUAGCCUUAGCCUUUAUUUAGCCAUAGCGUCUUAGCUCUCCACUGCCUGGCCUUACGAAGCACAGACAGAAUGACGUUUUUAAUUUCCACACUUUGGCUUUUUUUUGUUGUUUUAGGGUUAGCAGAGGAAGGAGGAGGAAAAACGCCUGGAAAAGAAGGACAUUGCGGUUUACAAAUGGCAUUUUGUUCCCCUUUAAAUGAACUUAAUGCAGUUAUUAAGGGCACAAGAUGACCAUCGAAGGAGCAGCGAACAUAGAGAAGGUGGACGAAAGGUGGUUUUACGGACAAGUUAUAGAUAAUAAUCAAAUGAAAGGGCUGUUUUAUCCCUCUGAACCCUGGGUAGUUUCAUGAACAAGUACAAAGAUUUAAUAAAACGCCUUCUGACAUGUUUUUAAAGCCAUAAAUGGAAAAAAGAAAGAAGCAAAAGUUGAAAUUGUUCAAGAAAACGCGGAAUCGACAUGUAUAUGAUGAAUUAACAUUCUGUAGAUAUUUAUGUAUUUUCAUGUUUACAGCCUCAACACACUUUUUUAUUCUUGGUUUUUUACAGAAUCUUGUGCAAUUUUUUAACAAGACACAAAGAAUGCAGUGAUUUUUACGAAAUAUCACAAUUUUAAGCUUAUUUCGGGUUAACUUUACCAACGGAGCCAGAAGAUUCCUUCAUGAUUGACUGUAAAUUUUAACAGUUUUUUUAAAAAACAAAAAAAGAUAUCAUGACUUUCAAACCUGCUGGCAGGUUCUGGGGUUCAGAGGGUUAAUAAGAGAUUGGGAAAUUAAUUUUAAAUAAUGAUUUUGUCGCUGGGAACAAAAAGAAAAUGAGGACGCAGAAACCUCAAGACACUAAACUAUCCUCCAUAAUGAAACAGUGUUUAAAUUCAGAAGAGGUGGCCACACAAGUGGAAUUUUACAGCUUUAAAUCCUCAAUUUAGUCCAUUUAAACUGUAUUUUUAUUACGUACUGAUUGCCAGAAGUUACCUUCCAUACCGGCCAAGAGAAAUCAUAGAGCUUAGCUGUUAUCCAGCUAAUAUAAGAAUCUGAAUGCUAACUGAAUACUAGUAACAAAUGGCAAGUUUUUAUUGGCAAGCUGCCAUUGUGUUGAGCUCUUCACCGAAGCCGUUAGCAUUAGCAUCAGUGUGGUUUUAAUGCAUCCUUUAAAAGUCAGCUAAGCUAACACCAUCCGCUCAAUUGCUAGCUUCCAGCCGCUAGCCAUUGCACUGACGUUUCUUUUGUAUACAGUGAGGCUAGCACUAGCGUACCGAAUGCUUGUAGCAACUAGUACGUUGUUUUUAUCAGCUAGCUGCAAGUGCUUAUGAAGUUGUCAGCAUUAGCAUCAACGUGGUUUUAAGACAUGCUUUGAAACAGGGCUAAGUUAACAUUAGCCAUUUGAAUGCUAGCAUCUAGCAGCUAGCCACUCGUGAAUUCUUGUAGCAAUUGGCAAGUUUUUAUCAGCUAGCUGCAGGUGCUUAUGAAGUUGUUAGCAUCAGUGUGGUUUUAAGACGUGCUUUAAAACAGUCAAAGCUAAAACUAGCCGUUGGACAGCUAGCAUUCAACUGUUAGCUAUGAUGCUGAUGUUUCUUUUCUCUAGAGAGAAGCUAACGCUAGCCUACUGUUACCUGAAUGCUUGCAGCAACCAGCAUGUUUUUAUCGGGUAGCUGCAGUUGCGUUGAGCUCUUCACUGAGGUGCUCACAAAGUUAUUAGCAUUAGCAUCAGUGUCAUUUAAAGGCAUGCUUUAAAACUAAGCUGAAACUGGCCGUUUGACUGCUAGCAUUCAGUCGUUAGUUGCUACACUCAUGUUUCUUUUCUCUACAAUGAAGCUAACACAAGUGAAACUUUACAGCUUUAAAUCUUCAAUUUAAUGAAUUAAAAAGUUGUUUUUAUGCACACUGAUUGCCAGAAGUUACCUUCCAUAACGGGAAGUACAAAGAAAUCCCAGAGCUCAGCUGUUCUCCAGCUAAUAUAAGAAUCUAGAUCAAUGAAUUUGGAACAAAAUCCCAGCAAGCAGCAAACUCAAAAUGUGCUGUAACAAACUAUCAGUGCUGCUAUGAUGCUAGGGGACAAUGUCCCGUUUAUCAAACUAGCCGCUAGCUGUUUUUUUUGGUUUCCUUCUUAGUACUAAACACCUCUGAGUAUUUAAAAUAAAAAAACACUUUCUUUUAGAACGGACCCAUUCACGGCAGAUUGUGUGAUACGCUUUAUUUAAAUGUGUUUUUAUGCGUUUCUGAAGCUUGUAGUGAAAUUUUAACAAAAUUUCUAGAAAAGAAAAAACAUUCUCAUCAGCCCACACUCCAAAAUAGUAACGGUGCUAACUGGAAUCGUCUCAGUGAUGCCAUAAAAGAACGAUUUUUUUAUUCUACCGAGAACCUUUUAGCAGAAGGUUCUCUAAAAAGUCAUUUCUUCAACCUUGUUCCCCAACGGUGCCUCAAAGAACUGUCAAAAAAAUGGUUCCUUUAGGUGCCACAAAUAACUUCUCUAAAAGCAGGUUCUUUGAGGAAUUAUUUUUAGGUUGUGGAACCACCUGUUUUUAGAUCAUUCUUGGGGUGUUUUCUGUAAGAGGAGCUAUGAUGUUUACAAUUUCUGCUUCAGAAACGCAUAAAGUAACACAAAAAUACAAAAUUAGUCAUUGUGAUGUCGAACUCGGAACCCUAAAAUCUUAAAUUAUCUUGAGGAGCCAAACUGCGGCUCAAGAAACCCCAAAUGCGUUUGGACUUUUUUGUAUAUGUGAAGCAUUUGUGGUUCUUCCGCUAGAACACAUUUAAUAUUUUGGGUUCUUGAUCAGACAGAACAUGACUGAAGGUUCCAACUUGGGGUUUGUGGAACUGUGAUGAUCGUUUCUCAAUGUCUUCAUUCUUGCCACAAAACCAAAUAACUUGAACCUUUAGUCCUUUAAAGAACCAGACACGUACGUGAAGAACCAUCAACCUAAAUUUAGACAACUGGUUCUGAAGAACCAGGUAGUCUCCUGAAGAACCGUUAUUUCUCUGAGAACGUCAUUUCCUGCUGUGAUUGAGCCCCGAUUCCAUUAAAUAACAGAUUUAUUGAUCCAGCAGAAGAGGAAGUAGUUGUAGUAGAACGUUGAAUCGAUUCAACGGAUCUAAAUCGCAGAAUGAAGAGCAGUAAUCUUGCUGCUGAUCAGAGUUCAGUGUUGAUCUAUGGUCGUGAUCGGGGAGGACUGGACAAUGCUUUUUAUUUAUUUGCUACACUUUAAUAUUUAUUAAUCCACAUAUUUACUACGCCGUGCGGUUCGUGCUGUAUACUUGAAUGUGUGUGUGUGUCGUAUGUAGCAGUGUGUGUGCAAUAUCCAGAGGUUUUCUUAAAGCUUGUUCCCUCACACAAACACACACAUUUAUAUGGAGAUGUACACAAACACAGACACACAAUCUGAACGCACUCUGUAAAUUGAGGAGGAGGUGGAGGAUGAUGAAGAUGAUGAGGAGGAAGGUCGGCGCCGUUGGGCCGAGGACGUAAUGUAGCACACAGGAAGUGGAUGACGAAGGAAUACGUGAUGUUGAACACACAGACGCUACCUGCUCCACCCAUCUCAGGGGAAGCUCCGCCCCCCUCCCAGAGGAAGAGGAGGAGGAAGAGGAGGAAGUGUGUGUGUAUGUGUGUUUUUGUUUAUUCUAAGGAUUUGAUUGGUUUGGUUGUGUUUUGUGUUUUUAUUUUUUUGUUUCUGUGAGACGGAGUGCUGAGAGUCGUAACUUUGUGCCUUCAGUAUCUCAUCGCCAUGCCACGCCCGCCCAGCGCACACACGCCCACGGUGUCGGUGUUGCCACGACAACAAUCACUUAGCGUCACAUGUGUCGACUCUCGACGACGCGAGUCUUGGCGGCUGAAGUCUGCGUCCUGAUUAGCUCGGUUAAGACGGCGUAAAAUCCCAACAUCUUCAAUCACGACUCUGAGCGCAACAGAACAAAUCAUACCUCUGGUUCUAUUAGAACGUAGCAAAUAGAACACCGGAGGCUAGCUAUGUUAGCACAUUAGCAACGGUGCUAGCUGGAACCAAAAACGGCUCUUCAUAGUGAUGCCAUAGAAGAACCACUUCGAGACCCUUUAAGCUAGAGCUUCAUUUAAGAACCCCUAAAAGUACCUCAUAGAAACCAUUCGCUUUGGCACCCUAGAUGGCGCUUUAGCAAAAAUAGGUCCUUACAGGAAGCAUCGUCCUCGUAGCUGUAUGGUUCUGUUUUGAUCUUGAAGAAUCUCUUUCAUGAGAACCCAUUUUAGAUGUUGGGUUGUGGACUGUGGGUCAGAUGGAACAGCACUGAGACUGAUCAAGGCAAACUGGUCCACCCGAACCUAAUCGUUGUUUACAUCCACUGGUGUCGUAAAUUAGAAUGCUUUUCUAAAAUAAUGCAGUGUUAGCAGGCAAUGCUGUUCUAUAUGUCACUGGGACAUAGAAAAGCUGAUGGCUCAAUUUAAUGUGUGACGGUCGGAGGUCAUUAACCACCACAGAAGUCUUUGUCAUGGUGCGCCUUUACCAGCUAAACCUUGAAAUUAGCCAAAUAUUAUUCAAAAUGGCCCAAAUUUCUUCAGUACUUUUUACAGUUACUGUGGUUAGGGGUCAUUAACUGCCACAGAAGUCUUUGUCAUGGUGCCCCUUCACUAGCCAAAGCCCCCCAAUGCUCUCUGCUUGCCAACAUGAACUUCCUGUAGUCUGAGUGACGCCUCCUCCGGUUGCUACAGUAUUGAACAGUAAGAGGCUCCACCUGGUCGAACAACCAGGAACUACAACCAAACUACCGUAAUUUAAAUGUGUAUUAUCGUGCAAAAUGUGUUAGAUAUCCACAGAUGCUAAACAUUAAAUGACUCUGAUCAAUUCAAUGGCAAAAAUGAACUUUUUUCACUGUUUCCUUAUGUUUUUUAGUCAAUGGUUCAAACAGCAGAUAAACUCAUUUUAAUUUGCUUUUUAGUAUGACUGACAGUCAAAAAUCGAAAGAUGUUGAGUUUAGUGUAAACUUGGGGUAUUUUUCGUAAUAAAAAAACAACUAAGACUUUUUAAUUGUUAAACCCUCCGAACCGGACGGUUUCUGAGCGCAGAUAGAUCUUGAAUAUUGAAUUGAUUUUGAAUUUCCCUUCGGGGAUUAAUAAAGUCAAUGUAUCGUAUAGCAUCUAAACAAUUGGAAAAACAAUAUUCCAGCUGCUUUAAACUUUGUCGCACUAUUCACCAUGUUGACUGUAUCAACAUGCUGGCGGCGUGUAUGUGCUCCAUAUCACAUUUAUUCUAUUGAUUCAGUCAGUUUUUAUAGUUUCAAACCUACCGGUGGGUCACAGUUUGUUACGACUCAACCUUUUAGACUGUUAAUCUGGACAUGCUAGCUAUCUCGCUAACUCCUGUUGCCAUGAACAAUUUUCUACGCUCCUUUCCAGAGCCAGCAGCACAGACCGAAGCCCCAUCCGCAGAAAGUAGCUUUAAACCGAUCAGCGCCGACAUGGACGGGUGUUUGUGUGCCGGGUGGGGGUGGUGGGUGGGUCGGGGGGUGUUUAACAUGGCUGCACAAUGUACAGACACAUAUCGGCCAACUGUCGCCACUCGUCGCCUCAGGUCGGAUGGGCGACGCCUGCUGAUGACAGGGCUAAGCUAACACUAGCCGUUCGACUGCUAGCGUCCAGCCGCUAGCUGCUGCACUGACGUUUCUUAUCUCUACAGUGAAGCUAACACUAGCCUACUGCUAACUGAAUGCUAGUAGCAAAUAGCAAGUUUUUACCAACUAGCUGCCGUUGCGUUGAGAUCCUCACUGAGAUGCUUGCAGAAGCCGUUAGCAUUAGCUUCAGUGUGGUUUUAAAGCAUCCUUUAAAACAAGGAUAAGCUAACACUUGCUGUUCGACUGCUAGCGUCCAGCCGCUAACCACUGCACUGAUGGUUUUUUCUUUAUAGUGAAGCUAGCAAAAGCCUGCUUCAUACUGAAUGCUUGUAGCAACCAGUACAUUUCGGUUGGCUAGCUGCAGUUGAGCUCUUCACUGAGAUGAUCACAAAGUUGUUAGCAUUACCAUCAAUGUGGUUUUAAGGCAUGCUUUAAAACGGGGCUAAGCUAAAACUAGCCGUUUGACUAGCAUUCACCUGUUAGCUGCUACACUGAUGUUUCUUUUGUAUACAGUGAAGCUAGCACUAGCUUACUGCUAACUGAAUGCUAGUAGCAAAUAGCAAGUUUUUUGCCAGCUAGCUGCAGUUGCAUUGAGCUUUUCACUGAGGAGCUGACGGAAACUGUUAGCAUUAGCAUUAAUGUGGUUUUAAAGCAUUAUUUUUUCAUGUUGGUACCUCAGAUUGCUCAGUUAUUGUUGUCAUUGUUGUGACUAACACCCAGGGCAUUUGGUUGAAUCUACCAAAGUGCAUUCCUUUACAAAGCUAGCUGAGCACUAGCUGCUCAAACAGACACGCGGACAGGAAGUUAGAAAGUCUGACAGCAAAGCAGACUGUAAGUGAACAGGAAGGCAAUCAGAGGAGAAGCAGCUGCUGCCUUUCAGACGAUGAGGAGGGACAGAAAACGCAACAAUGUUUUGUUUUUUGAAAAGUUUUACAGUCACUGGCUGCAGUCACACGAGAACACGACGUCUGGUUCAACUGACCUCUUGGUAGCAUCCAGAAAGUAAUUUGUCGCUCGUAUGUGAAAGCAGCUGUAGCCUAGCUAGCUCGCUAGCUUGAUACCCUGCUAGCCAGUUAGCCCGAUAGCUCAUUAGCCAUUCAGCUUCUAUCGGGAGGUCUCUGCAGCCAGGAGUUAGCGGCUGUUAGCGUGAAGCUGCGCUGUAUUUCUGUGAUGUUUGCCAGCUGGGUUUUUUUGUGGAUUUUAUCUGUAAAUAAUGUGCAAAGUGUUUCAAUAAUACAUUUUGGGGGGGGGAUUAAAUGCGCUGCUGUGCCACACCGCGGCCAGUUUUACAAUGUACUGUAUCUACUGUACAGAACACAGAAGUUGACACUUUUUUAGUGAGCCUUUGUUAAAUUUUAUUGUGGUGAAAAAAUAUUAUUAAUAAAACAAUUUUAUUGUUCA